CAUAAACAGAAUCACACACGAAAGAAAAUCACAAAUAUCAUAUGUCGGGGAAUUAUUUUUGAGAAGAAACGACGUCCGUGCGAAUGCGCUUUUUCUCGUCGACGGAUCGACGUGUCAACCGACAUAAAAAUUUUUCCAUAUCUUCUCGGCGAAUUAUCCACUGGUACGUGCUGCUCGGCAAGAGCGUGAGCUGUCGGGCUGAACGGCUGGCGAAUUUCCGCAGUGAUGAUGUCGACAUUCGUUCGCUCGCUCGCGCUUCUUUUCCACAUAGCGAGUGUCACAUCAAUGUGCCGGGGAAUGUCAAUAGGUCUUCCCAUUCUGGCCUGAUGCCUGCCUGCCUGUCUGUCUGUCUGCUUGCCUUUAUUUAUAACUAAUUAAAGCAGACCCAGUCGCAAGUGCCGACUGUUCUAGAGCGGUCAAACGUCGGGCAACCGCGAUCGAUUCUCUCUGCUUCUCCAGUGUGAAUCGCCAGCGGACUCUUCUUAUUGCGCGAUAUGCGUGCGUGAAAGCACGCGAGCGAAAUAUCGGGAUUGCAAAAACCAAGUGCCGCCCGUGUAGCUCGUUCUCCUCGCAUCUGUUUCGCGCCGAUGUGAUGUUACUCGAGUUCUAACCAUGACUACUUGGACGCAAUUGGCUGUGGAGCAUGUCAGCGCAAUUAAGGAUGAAUUUAGCACGACUCAUCGUGGGAAGUCAACGACUAUCGAGAAGCUGCCGGACAAAGUGUUGCUGAACAUCUUCAGUUAUCUGUCCCAUCGCGAGAUAUGUCGGGUCGCUCGUGUUUGCAAACGCUGGCGGCAAGUCGCGUACAACACGCUUCUCUGGAAGCACGUGUCGCUGAGACCAGAAAUAAGCGGGCUUCACGUGAGCUCUCUGGAGAGCUUGCUGCAUUUAAUCAGCACACGCUUCGGGCCAUCGCUGCGAUACAUCGAGUUGCCAAUCGAACUGAUCACACACACAGUCCUCCAUGAGCUAGCAAACAAGUGUCCGAAUCUGACACAUAUGCUGUUGGAUUUUUCCACUGCCAUGCAGCUGCACGACUUCUCGGAGAUGCAAGCGUUCCCCACGAAGCUAAAGUAUAUGUGCAUUUGCUUGUCCGAAGUAAUCUUCAUGGAGGGUUUCAUGAGGAAGAUUUACAACUUCAUUAACGGCCUCGAGAUCCUUCAUCUAAUCGGAACCUACGAGAAGGUCGAGGAAGAGGAGGAGGAGAUCUACGAGGUGAUAAAUGUGCACAAAUUGAAGUCGGCGACGCCGAACUUGAGGGUGAUCAAUCUGUACGGGAUCAACUUCGUGGACGACUCGCAUAUCGACGCUUUCUCCUCCAAUUGUAUCCAACUGGAGUGCUUAGCCGUGAAUUUCUGCGCUAAAGUUACCGGCUCGACCAUGAAAACGCUCUUUCAACGAAGUAGAAGGUUGAACUGCCUGCUUAUGCAAGGAACAAAUUUGCAGAGCGAGUACGUAAUGCAAGUCGAGUGGGAAAAAUCCAGCAUUCAAGAACUGGACGUUACCGCUACUGAUCUGUCGACAGAGUGUCUGAUCGACAUGCUGACUAGGAUCCCCGGGCUUCGUUUUCUCAGUGCCGGUCAACUGAACGGUUUCAACGACAGCGUGAUGAAGGCUUGGACCGAAGUCGGAAAUCCGCGUAACCUGAUAGCGUUGGACCUGGACAGAUCGGAUAACCUGAGUGACGAUGCGUUGCACAAAUUUCUGUCGAGAUAUGGUCAUCAACUAUACUGUCUCGCGUUGUCAGGCAUGCCGCACAUCACGGACCAACUUUGGCAAAGUGUACUGCCAAUUCUCACCAACGCGAAAAUACUUGUAAUGGGCACACAAGAGAGGCUGGGCGUCAACAUUCAUGUGGACCAGUUAAUGGACGGCAUCGCCAAUAACUGCCCCGAUCUAGAGCGUUUAGAGUUACGAUGGGACCCGGAGAACUUGCGAUUUUCGGACAAAAGUCAGAAAGCCAUAGAUAUCCUGCGCGUUAAAUGCAUCAAGCUGCGAUGCUUGAGUUUAAGCGACGGAAGAUACUAUGAGAUCGUCAAAGCGAACUUUGAGCGCGCCGACAGACUGACGGUCGUCAGGACGAUCACAUGCUGCAGAGUGUCGAAUUAUUAUCUCCUGCAAAAUUACAAGGACCUGAUCUUCAACUGAAAGGCACAUCGACAGAAGAUGGAAGACAUCCCGCGCGUUUUCUCUACGACAGUAUUAAUGGAAAAGAAAAUCCCCGACGGCAUGACGAGGAGAAAACAACAGCGAACUCUCGCAUUGUACAAUAAUAAAGAAGAAUCUCUAAUUUAA